AUGAAACAUCUCUGUACCUCAUUUUUUGACAAGAAGGAGAAGGCUGAACAACCUUAUGCUCCUUUUGCAUAUAACAUCUAUGGGUUCGCAUUGGCACUUCAAGUGUGGACGUAUGAGGUCAUCGAAAACUUUAUCCCUAAAUUCGCUAAAAGGAAUCAGAUUAAUGACCCUCUACGCCCAAGGUUGUUACUCUAUCAUUCCAACAGGAAAAACACAUCGAUGGAGAAGAAGCUUGCUUAUGAAUCGAUUCCGGCCCGCAUUCUUACUCCCCCAUCCGCGACCUCAAGUCCUCGGGCUGACACACCUUCUCCUCGGGCUCCAACACCUACUGUUGGAUGUGAUUUUAAUGAGAUGGAGGAGCUGAAAAUAGAGAUGAAAGAGGAGAUGAAAAAGAUGAAAACAGAGCUCAUCAAAGAGCUAAAAAUCACAAUCCAAGAAACUCAACAAGAAAACAUUGAGUCGUUCAAGAAGAUGGAGAUGAUAGCGAUGCAGGAGACUGUGGGGGAUGAUGAGAAGGUGAAUGAUGGGACUGAUGGGAAAGACGAUGUAAUGGAGGACAAUGAGAAGGUGGAGGACGCACAGAAGGUGGAGACCGAUGAGAAGGUGGAUGAUGAUGAAAAGAUGGGUGAGGAUAAGGUGGAGAACGAUGAGAAGGUCGAUGAUGAUGAGAAGGUGGAGGAUGAAAGAAAAGACAACGAUGAGAAGGUCGAUGAUGAUGAGAAGGUGGAGGAUGAACGAAAAGACAACGAUGCGAAGGUGGAGGACGUAAAGAUGGAGGUUGAGGCUAAAUUGGAGGACGGUGAGAAGCUGGAUGGUGUGGCUAAGGUGGAUGAUGUGGAGGUUGAUCUGAAACUGAAGGUGAAGGAUUUAAAGGUGAAGGAUGAGAAGACUGUGGGGGAUGUGAAGGCACAGACAAAUGAUGACAAUGAUGACAAUGACGAUUUCCAAUUAUACAAUACUCCUCCUAAAGGAAAUUAUGGGAGGAGAGUGAGGAAGCCGAAAAAAGAUGACUCGUACACCAACUCUUCCUCGUCAAAAAUCCCCAAGACAAAGGAUCCUAUGAAAGUGAAUCACCUUCAAAAAUUUGAAGAUGAGCUGCUGGAUAAAGUAAAGGCGUGGUUGGAUGAUCCAAAAACCGAUAAUUCGACAACGGAUUUACAUACGGUUCAAGCAAAGAAGGAAGUGUUGGUUAGAGUUGUAACAAGGUUUACAUGGAUUGAAGACACUGAAAUCGAUGCAUUCUGCCAUCUUCUGCGGAAAAGGAUUUCCUGCUAUCCCAAGACAUAUAAAAAUACACAUGCGGCAAUUGGGGAUUGCGUAUUGUCGGAUAGAAUCAGGCGACUGCACAGGGAUUUUAUUAAGGAUCCUGCCAAAUAUCCAGUCGACGAAUUCAAAGACUAUUAUAUGGGCGCACCACAUAGAUAUAUGCCAGAAUGGUCAACAAUUGACGAUGUCUACAUGCCAGUGAACAUUAACCAGAAACACUGGAUUUUGUGUGUAGCACGUCUUCAAAAGUACCGCAUUGACGUGUACGACUGUGAUGCCUAUCUUUAUAAGAAUCUGGAUCCUUAUUUGAAACCCUUCUGCGACAUGAUUCCAAUUAUAUUCGCCAAAACAAUCACUCCCGGUGAGAGGGUAAGGUAUCCUAAUUUCAACUUCGAAGGCCCCAUCCAACCAAUGACUUACAAACGGUUUCCACACCCCAAAGUGAAAACCGCUGCUGCUAAGGUUGGAGAAGUCCCACGGGCAACAGAGAGCGGGGACUGUGGGGUCUUCACGCUAAUGUACAUGGAACACUUGACCGCUAAUCAACCCGUGCACAAUGUGACCUCAGAAAACAUGGGGUUUUUUAGGCAGAAGAUGGCGGUCCGGUUAUUCCAUCAGAUUAUGGAACCUUAA